UUCGGUUCGUCACAAAUGAGAUUGACGUGCAGUACAGACAAACAGAAUAUAACUUUUGUAUCCUGAGAUUUCUUUGUAGUCUCUGCAAUGAAUCAGUGAAUAAGUGAACACUCUUUGGUAAAUCAAACUGGAAAAAACCUGUUCAUCCACUACAAAUAUGAAGUUUGUGGUGAACAGCGUAAAGAAUGGAGGAUGUCGCUUGGGUGUUAUGUCAGAAUUUGGGUUACAUGGUAAAAAGACAGUUGAUACCCCAAUGUGCAUGCUGUAUACUAGGAGAGGUAGUGCCCCUCACCUAACAGCAGAUAUGUUAAAGAAAAUUCAGUAUUUACCUCCUUUGGCACAAAUGUCUCUCACUAACAUGGUAGAGCAUCAGGAAACCUUGGAGGCAUUUAAGGAAGGAAUCGGAAAAUUUGCAAAUAUGAAGGACUAUAUUGUGUACAUGGCUCUCCAUGAUCCCGCUACAGAGGUGAUGUCAGGACAGAAUGAUACAGCAACUGUUGGUGUGUGGACUAAAUCAGGCAAAGUCAAAAUGGAUGUAGAUAUGUUUAUGCGAGUACAAGAAGCAUUCAAGCCUGACAUUUACCAAGCCCUGAGUGACGGGGACACAGAUCUCAAGGCGGCAAAGAAGAGGACGAACAAGUCUGUGACUAGGACAUUGUCCUACCUUGACCAAAUACUGGAGAGAUUACCCAAAUCUGAGAUACUAAAGGACGCAGCCUUAUUUGGUGUAAUAGAGGGAGGUAACUCCAUGUUUGAGAGAUGUCGCUCAGCUCGGGAAACUGGGUCUAGAAAUGUGGCAGGAUUUGUUAUUGAAGGAUUCCAUACACAGGGACCAAAGACAGAGUUUUUCAAAAUGUCUGAUAUUAAAGACAUAUUGAAACAGACAGUGGAUUGUCUUCCAGAUGACAAACCACGACUGAUGCAUGCAGCGCUCCCUCCAGAUCAGGUCCUAGAGGCGAUAGAGUUAGGUCUGGACAUAUUGGACAGUUCAUAUCCUUACCUUGUCACAGAGAGAGGGGCUGCUCUAGUGUUCAACUUCAUCCACAAAGCUAACCCAGAGAAUAUGAACGGGAACAAGAUUGUUCAAAAAGGAUGGGAAAUAGAUCUCAAUGAUAAAAGAUAUUUUGAAGACUUUGGUCCUUUGUUAGAAGGCUGCUCAUGCUACACAUGCAAAAACUUCUCCAGAGCCUACAUAAACCACUUACGGAAUACAUCAGAACUGCUUGGGUCUGUGUUGCUGAUGAUACACAACUUCCAGCACUAUUUCCACUACUUUGAGGCAAUCCGGGAAGCUUUGGCAGAUGACAAAUAUGAACAAUUAAAAACUCAUAUAAACAGACAGAAUCUUGGAAACAACAGCUGAUAGUGGCAUGCUUUUAUAUCACUAGAAAAACGUCAGAUCUUCAGGAAAUAUACAUACUUUAUAAUCAGAAACAUUAGUUGUUUUCAUGGCAUCAGACAAACUAGGAAAAUAUUACAUAUCAACAAAUGUUGUUAAGCUGGAAAUUAUGUCAAUCAGUCAAUAGCUGUGAUGAAAUAUACAAUGACAUCGUGAAAUCUACACAGGUUUAGUGCUUAGUGAGAAACCUACAGCAGGUGUUAGUGGGAUGAAAACCUAGGUGUGGAAGAACAAUAAUAACAGAGUACUGCAGAGAUAUUUCACAAGUGUAUUGUAAUUUACUUAUUACC